AAUCUCUAUUCUAGUGUUGCCAAAAAGAAAUGACUGUGCGCAAAAGAGUGAUACCAUUAAUAUUAAAAAAAAAACAAAUUCUCUGAAUUUGACAUUUGAUUACAUCGAGUUUGACGUUUCUUUCUUGUUAAAUUUUGUGUCCAACAUGGCGCGCGGACCGAAGAAGCAUUUGAAGCGUUUAAACGCACCGAAAGCAUGGAUGUUGGACAAGCUGGGCGGUGUGUACGCGCCGCGACCCUCUACUGGCCCUCACAAACUGCGCGAGUGUCUGCCUUUGGUGAUCUUCCUCCGUAACCGGCUAAAGUACGCGCUGACCGGCAAUGAGGUGCUUAAGAUCGUGAAGCAGCGUCUCAUCAAGGUAGAUGGGAAAGUCAGGACUGACCCCACAUACCCAGCUGGCUUCAUGGAUGUUGUGUCAAUUGAGAAGACAAAUGAGUUGUUCCGCCUGAUCUAUGAUGUUAAGGGACGCUUCACCAUUCACCGCAUCACUCCUGAGGAGGCUAAGUACAAGUUGUGCAAAGUAAAGCGCGUGGCGACGGGUCCCAAGAACGUGCCGUACCUGGUGACGCACGACGGCCGCACCAUCCGCUACCCCGACCCCCUCAUCAAGGUCAAUGACUCCAUCCAGCUCGACAUUGCCACCACCAAAAUCAUGGACUUCAUCAAGUUCGAGUCAGGAAACCUGUGCAUGAUCACCGGAGGUAGGAACUUGGGGCGUGUCGGCACACUAGUGUCGCGCGAGAGACAUCCUGGUUCCUUCGACAUCGUGCACGUUCGCGACGCAACAGGACACACCUUCGCCACCAGAUUGAACAACGUGUUCAUCAUUGGCAAGGGCACCAAGGCCUACAUCUCGCUACCGCGCGGCAAGGGCGUGCGGCUCACCAUCGCAGAGGAGCGCGACAAGCGUAUCGCCGCGAAGGUCGCCGGACAGUAGUUUAAGGGAUGACUUCGUAUUAAUAAAAAAAAUAUCAAAAUCUC